UUUUUGUCUGUGUUAUUCAUUGCUCUACUUCCAGUUCCCAGAACAAUUUUGGCCCAUAGCCGUGUGUUCAUUAAUUAUGUGUUGGUUAAAUGAAGGAAGCUUUAUGAUGGAAAGAGCAUGCCACUCCUCUUCCAGCGUCCCCCUCGGUGGCCAGGGUAGAGCAGCCAUUCAGCUGCUCUUGUGGGAGAAGAAGGGACUUGCAAGAUCAUCUCCCUUAGCUCCCUCAUUUUCAGGAGGACAGGGACAGGGGUCCCCAGGAAGAGAAGGAGAGUCCAAGCUAAUUUGGCUGAUCCCCCCGUGGGAGGCUGAGGUUGCAAACAGACAGCUGCAGCUCCUUGCAUCUAUGCCGCACACACAGCCUUUCUGAAUCAGAGGGUAUUAUUCUUUCCUUCUGAACUCUUGGGAUAUUCCUGUUUUGAUUUGGCUCUAGCAGUGGCGACGCCGAGUUGUGCAAAGCCUGGGAACAGUGAGGGCAUUAGGACCAGGAGUGAGGCGCAUGCUUGGCUCUGGGUUGUGUCUGGCAGAGGGCUCUCGGCUGAGUGGAGCUAUGUGUGAAAGGAAACCAGGCACUGCCUGCCGGCUUUACAUCUGUUGAUCUGACCUGACUGGAAGCGUCCAAAGAGGGACGGCUGUCAGCCCUGCUUGACUGAGAACCCACCAGCUGAUCCCAGAUACCUCAUAGCAACCUAUUUAUGCAAAGGGGGAAAGAAACACCUGAGCAGAAUGGAAUCAUUAUUUUUCUCCCAAGGAGAAAACCGGGGUAAAGGGAGGGAAGCAAUUCAAUUUGAAGUCCCUGUGAAUGGGCUUUCAGAAGGCAAUUAAAGAAAUCCAUUCAGAGGACUUGGGGUGAAACUUGGGUCCUGUGGUUUUCUGAUUGUAAGUGGAAGCAGGUCUUACACACGCUGUUGGCAAAUGUCAGGAGCAGGUUAAGUGACUGGCAGAAAAACUUCCAGGUGGAACGAGCAACCCAGGUCCUGCUGCAAGCUGAAGGAGCCUGGAGCGGGAGAAAGCGAACUUGAACAUGACCUGUUGCAUUUGGAAAGUUCCAGCAACAUGCUCCUAAGGAAGCGAUACAGGCAGAGACCAUGCAGACUCCAAUUCCUCCUGCUGCUCUUGAUGCUGGGAUGUGUCCUGAUGAUGGUGGUGAUGUUGCACCCUCCCCCGCACACCCUGCACCAGACUGUCACAGCCCAAGCCAGCAAGCACAGCCCUGAAGCCAGGUACCGCUUGGACUUUGGGGAAUCCCAGGAUUGGGUACUGGAGGCUGAGGAUGAGGGCGAAGAGUACAGCCCUCUGGAGGGCCUGCCACCCUUUAUCUCACUGCGGGAGGAUCAGCUGCUGGUGGCCGUGGCCUUACCCCGGGCCAUAAGGAACCAGAGCCAGGGCAGGAGAGGUGGCAGCUACCGCCUCAUCAAGCAGCCAAACAGGAGGCAGGAUGAGGAAGCCCCAAAGAGGGACUGGGGGAUGGACGAGGAGGACGGGGAGGUGUCUGAAGAAGAGGAGCUGACCCCAUUCAGCCUGGAUCCACGUGGCCUCCAGGAGGCACUCAGUGCCCGCAUCCCCCUCCAGAGGGCUCUGCCCGAGGUGCGGCACCCGCUGUGUCUGCAGCAGCACCCUCAGGACAGCCUGCCCACAGCCAGCAUCAUCCUUUGUUUCCAUGAUGAAGCCUGGUCCACCCUCCUGAGGACUGUACACAGCAUCCUCGACACAGUGCCCAGGGCCUUCCUGAAGGAGAUCAUCCUGGUGGACGACCUCAGCCAGCAAGGACAACUCAAGUCUGCUCUCAGCGAAUAUGUGGCCAGGCUGGAGGGGGUGAAGUUACUCAGGAGCAACAAGAGGCUGGGUGCCAUCAGGGCCCGGAUGCUGGGGGCCACCAGGGCCACCGGGGAUGUGCUGGUCUUCAUGGAUGCCCACUGCGAGUGCCACCCAGGCUGGCUGGAGCCCCUCCUCAGCAGAAUAGCUGGCAACAGGAGCCGAGUGGUAUCUCCGGUGAUAGAUGUGAUUGACUGGAAGACUUUCCAGUAUUACCCCUCAAAGGACCUGCAGCGUGGGGUGUUGGACUGGAAGCUGGAUUUCCAUUGGGAACCUUUGCCACAGCAUGUGAAGAUGGCCCUGCAGUCCCCCAUAAGCCCCAUCAGGAGCCCUGUGGUGCCCGGAGAGGUGGUGGCCAUGGACAGACAUUACUUCCAAAACGCUGGAGGGUAUGACCCUCUUAUGUCGCUGCGAGGUGGUGAAAACCUCGAACUGUCUUUCAAGGCCUGGCUCUGUGGUGGCUCCGUUGAAAUCCUUCCCUGUUCUCGGGUAGGGCACAUCUACCGAAAUCAGGAUGCCCACUCCCCCCUCGACCAGGAGGCCACCCUGAGGAACAAGGUUCGCAUUGCUGAGACCUGGCUGGGGUCAUUCAAAGAAACCUUCUACAGGCAUAGCCCAGAGGCCUUCUCCUUGCGCAAGGCUGAGAAGCCAGACUGCACGGAACGCUUGCAGCUGCAAAGGAGACUGGGUUGUCGGACAUUCCACUGGUUUCUGGCUAAUGUCUACCCUGAGCUGUACCCAUCUGAACCCAGGCCCAGGUUCUCUGGAAAGCUCCACAACACUGGACUUGGGCUCUGUGCAGACUGCCAGGCAGAAGGGGACAUCCUGGGCUGUCCCAUGAUGUUGGCUCCUUGCAGUGACAGCCGGCAGCAACAGUACCUGCAGCACACCAGCAGGAAGGAGAUUCACUUUGGCAGCCCACAGCACCUGUGCUUUGCUGUCAGGCAGGAGCAGGUGAUUCUUCAGAACUGCACGGAGGAAGGCCUGGCCAUCCACCAGCAGCACUGGGACUUCCAGGAGGAUGAGAACAGGGCCAACUCUGCUGCUGCUGAAGCUUAUCAAAGGCCUUUAACUUUUCAGCAAAUUGUGACCAGAGGGUCUCAUAAGACACAGGCUCUGCACCUUCAGAAGAGUGGCAGGCACCCAUGGUAACACAGCUGCAUGGCUCAAAGCAACAAUCAAGACAGAAGAACAGGCACUGAUUGAUAGGACUCUUCUAUCUCCUAAAGCACUUUUGAAGUCUGGCAGAGACGUUUGAGUGGCUUCUCUCCACCUCCUCAGUGACUCACAGUGCGAUGCUCAUGGUUGAACCUGACUGAUGCCAGCAGCAAGGAAACUGACAGAGCUCACCGAUCCAUUUCCUGUCAUUUACUUGAGGGUGACAAAGCAUGAUGGUGACAGCUCAGAUAACAUUCCUGGCCACAAAAUUCUUAAACUAAAUGGAGCCUGGCUGCCAGGAAGAAGAGGAACAGGCAUUCCAGGUGCAGACUCUGCUGCUGGCUGCAGCCACACAGGAGAGCUUUAAACAGGAUUCUGAGCCAAGAGAGCAGCAGGAUUUGUGCACCACUGCUACACUGAUCAAUGCCAAUAGUUGGCCCAGGCUGGAGGACGGGCCAGGCAUCCUAUCACCAUUGGGCAAAUCAAAGGUUUAAGGAGGUCAGCACAGUUGGGGUACAUACUAGAGAAAGCUACAUGUUUUGAAGAAUGUGCAGACUCCUUGAGCCCCCACAAAUCAGCCUCACCAUCGGCAUGUAGACAGUGCAAAGUUGAAUGAGAAUCCAUUAGAACUUCUGGAAGCUCAUCUCUUUCUUACCACACCCAUGCUUAAGACUGGAGUCCUGGCUGAGGCUAAUAUUCCAGAUAUGAGCCAGAGACAACCUAAUCUGUGCCAGGGGCAUGUCACCAAAACUGAGGUCAUAUAAUUUAAAAUAUAACUCCAAAGUUCAGUAAGGUAUGGCAGAGACACCUCUGGUGCCCAUAUCACAUAUCCUCAGGCCUUGUCUGCUUUCUGCCACUGCUGCUGAACAGUUCUGUGCAGCCUCAGAUCCCCUGAGCCUUGUGCUAAGCGUCUUCUGCAUUAUGCACCAGGGUUUUCUCUGAAGGAGAGUUACUCAAACAUCCAGGGAGCAAGCACCCUGGCUUGCUAGGACAGUUAACACUCCCAGGACAACUCUCAGUCACUGAGGGGAUGGGAACCAGUAGAUGGAUGGCUGGCCUUUGUCUUUCAGGUGGAUAAUUGUACAAAGCAUCCUGUAUAUUUUUAAAGAGGGUCAACAGAAUCAAGGAGCAACUUUAACGUGUCCCUAUAUUGGCCCCUCCUUCUGUCCCAUCUCACAUCCUCACUCCCACACUCCUGCUUCCUAGGUUCACACCCCUCAUGAACCACCUGCAUCCAGUCCUUGUCUCAUGCUCUGCUUUCAGGGAAACCCAAACUAAAUCACACAUGAGCACAGUCUUCCUUUAUAACACAGACUUUCUAGACUAACAUGGCUGAUGCACAUUCAGUCUCCAAUUUAGGCCCUAGAACAGAAACAGGGCCCAGCCAUCCAGACACCUGUGGGAAUCCUGCCACAGGGCUCUUGGCCCCACUCUAGGGCUGGUCCUACAUCCUAACAUAAUCAAGAAAUUCUUUCCAGUUUUCUUGGCUGGGUCCUUUCUAGCAGGAACAUUUUGAUGGCAUGUGACAGAAACUGAAAUUGAACCGGUUUGGUCCUGUAGAAGCAGGGGAGAUUACUGGAAAAAAUACUGAAGCAUCACACGAAAUUGAAGGAAGGGUUCCCUAAUCCAUGGGAAGGGCAGGGGUGCAGCUGGGCCUCAGGGGAAAGCCAUAUUCCCAGCUUCUUCCACAUGGAGGACUGUGGCCCCAAACCGCUCAGGAGGCCCAUAUGAAAGAAGACACAUGCAUAUGCAAAUAACAUAAUGAGAAAGUGUUUCUGCGAGCUCCAGGGAGGAAGAAGCUUUGUCACUAUUUUUUCAGUGAUUAACUGGGCUGUCUAAAACAGUGUCUGCAAUAUGGUAUAUGGGUAACAGACAUUUGUUGAAUGAACAGUAGAGGGAGGAGGAGGGAAAAAGAGGAGGUGGGAUGGGAAGAAGGUUUGGGGUGUGACUGCGAAUGAAGCUGUCUAGCCUUCAGCUUUGGAUGGACCUUGCUUUUUCAAGGGAUCAUGGCUGGGGGCAUUAUCCCACCUUCCUCAGCUCAGAAGCUUGUUGUGGCUCCCAGUUUCCUGUGGACAAAACCUGACCUCCUUAGUGUUACAUGCAAAUCCCUCGCAAGUUGGCCCCUACCACCUCCUCUUCACACACCCUCCCCUCAGAGCACACUGGCCCACAGCCCAGGGCCAUCCUGAGGGAACUGUCCUAAGGGUCACUGUGCCCUCCUCUGGGACAAACAUACAUGUUUUGAAAGUGGUUUUUUUUUUUUUUUUUUUUUUUUUGAGACGGAGUCUUGCUCUGUUGCAA